UGGCGCCUUGUCCGUUUCUCUGUUUACUUUUUUCCAAUCAUAUGUUUGGUUGAUAAUUUUUCUCAUUUUCUAAUUUGACAAGACUCAAGUUUUUAUUUUCCAAAUGAUUAACAGUUGAUUUGUUUUCUAAUUAAAUUAGUUUAUUGUUGUUAAUUGUUAUUUAAUUUGUUUUUCUUUACUUUAUGUUUUUGAUUAAAUGAUGAAACGAUUCAAAGAUGAUCAACUUAACGUUUUUGUAAAUUAUUUUCUAGAAAAGAGAAACUAUUUCAAUACUCAACAAAGUCCAGGUAAACCAAAGCGAAGGUGUUUAUCCAUUAAAGAAAUGGUCACAAGCAAUAUUGUCGAUAAUUGUGACAAAAUUUUUCCUAUUAGUGGACAAUUGCCUUAUGAAAACUGUGAUGGAAACUUUUCUACUCCUACUGUUAAUACAAAUGCUAAUACAAAUACCACUGCGACUACAGAUAUAGAUGCUAGGAUAUCACCAUCGACAGCGUUAACAUUAACAUCAAUAUCGACAUCGACAUCGACACCUCUAAAACUAAUUUGUGAUAAUGUGAAUAUGAUACAUACCAAUAGUGAAAAGAUAAUCAUGAUGUGUGAUGGUGAGAAUAGAGGAAAUGAUCGAGAUGAUGGAGAUGAUGGAGAGAGUAAUAGUAAUGACAAAAGUAAUUCAACAACAUCGAGAAGAAGAAACAAUUUGGAAAAUGGAUCAUCAAGUGUAGAGAAUGGAUUUAAUUCCUCUUCCUCUUUAUCAAAUAGCAAUGAAGGCGAUGAUUUAGAUGAUUUGGACAAUUGCUUCGAACAAUUGAAACGAUUACCUCCCAAUAUUCCGAGUUCAUGUCUUGGCUACUUAGAGAAAGAAAGUCCUUGUAGUGUGGACAUAAGAAAAGAUAUAAAAUAUUUCGCCGCAGGAUUUGGUAAUUGUGAGAUUAAUUUGUGGUCUUUGAAAGAGAUUGGAUUUGAGAGUAGGAAAAGUUCAGCGAAUUCAUCAUGUUCCAUAUUAAAUCCACUUCGAUUAGCUGCUAGUUCAGAAUUGAUAUUCGAUCAAAAUUAUCUCAUCAACAAUAAUCAAUCUCAAUUUAAUUCAUAUUCUCAAUCUCAAUUCCAUUCUAUUUCUCAUUCUCCAUCUUUACGUCAUCAUAAUCAUCGUCCUCCACCUCAUCAUCAUCCUCACCAUACUCAUCAUCUUCAUUCUUCUCAGCAUCCAUCUCAUCAUCACAAUGUCCAUAAUCCUCAACACCAACAUCACCAUUCUGAUCAUCAUCAUCAUCAUCAUCGUCAUUAUCAUUCUCAACAAUUUCGACAACAUUCAAACAAGUCAAGUGGAGACAAAACACUUUCUGGUGCUUCCAUUUUACGAGGACAUUGUGGUCCAGUUUAUGGUCUUAAUUUUAUCGAAAACUCUAAUCAUUUGAUUUCUUGCUCGGAAGAUACAACAAUUAGAAUUUGGGAUCUUAACAAUUGUAGAAACGAAUUCGUUUAUUGUGGUCAUCUUUAUCCGAUCUGGACAAUCGACAGUAGCCCAUUAGAAUUAUACUUUGUCUCUGGUUCUAGAGACACAACUGCCCGAUUAUGGACCUUUGAACGACUUUAUCCAAUAAGGAUCUUCACUGGACAUUUGUUAGAUGUCGAUGUUGUUAAAUUUCACCCAAAUGCCUCUUAUAUAGCGACGGGAUCAUCAGAUAAAACUAUUCGUCUUUGGGAAAUUAAGUCUGGUCAAAUGGUCCGUAUAUUGGAAGGUCAUAAGUCGAGAGUCAAUUGUUUAACUUUUUCACCCGAUGGUAAAUAUUUAGUCUCUGGAAGCGAUGAUUUUACAGUCAAAAUUUGGGAUCUCAGGUCAUCGAAAGUACCGAUCUCGAGUCUAUCAUCACACCAAUCAUCAGUUAACGACGUUUCAUUUAAUGGCGAUGGAUCUGUACUCAUAUCAGCGAGUUCAGAUCGAUCAGUUAAAUAUUGGGACUUUAAUCAACUCAAAAACAACAAUCAGCCAUCAUCUAAAUGCUUAUUAAACUCAACGACCACUGGAUUAUCAAUAAUUAAACUGAAAAUGUUGAAACAUAAUGUGAUUUAUUUACAUGGACGCAAAUAAAAAUAAAUUAAUAAUUAGUAAUAAAAUUAAAACUUUGACUACAAAA